AUGGCCUUCCGCACCAAGUCUGCGCUGUGCCUGGUGGCCGUGUUCGUCGUGCUGCUGGCCACCACGGUGAGCGCGCUCUAUGCCAAGCCAAGUGACAUUCCGCUUCUCGGCAAGAGUUUUGUGGCAGAGACCAACUCAAAGGCGAAGGGUCAGUGGACCGCCUCGGCCGAUAAUGGCCAUUUGGUCACCGGCAAGAGCCUCGAGGAGGUGCGCAAGCUGAUGGGUGUGACCAGCAUGAGCACCGAGGCUGUCCCGCCCCGCAACUUCUCCGUGGAGGAAAUGCAGCAAGACCUGCCAGAGUCCUUCGACGCCAGCGAAAAGUGGCCCAUGUGCGUGACGAUCGGCGAGAUUCGUGACCAAUCGAACUGCGGCUCAUGCUGGGCCAUUGCCGCGGUGGAGGCUAUGUCAGACCGCUACUGCACCAUGUCUGGCAUUCCGGACCGCCGCAUAUCGACCACCAACCUUCUUUCCUGCUGCUUCAUAUGCGGCUUUGGCUGCUACGGCGGCAUUCCGGCGAUGGCGUGGCUGUGGUGGGUGUGGGUUGGCGUAACGACGGAGCUCUGCCAGCCCUACCCCUUUGGCCCAUGCAGCCAUCACGGGAACAGCAGCAAGUACCCGCCCUGCCCGAACACCAUCUACAAUACCCCCAAAUGCAACACCACCUGUGACAACGUCGAGAUGGAGCUGGUCAAGUACAAGGGUGUCUCAUCUUACUCCAUCAAGGGCGAAAGGGAGCUCAUGGUCGAGCUCAUGAACAACGGCCCCCUGGAGGUAGCCAUGCAGGUGUACGCCGACUUCGUUGCCUACAAGAGUGGGGUGUACAAGCACGUCAGUGGUGAUCAUCUCGGCGGGCACGCCGUGAAGCUGGUCGGCUGGGGAGUCAAAGACGGCAUCCCGUACUGGAAGAUUGCGAACAGCUGGAACACCGACUGGGGUGACAAAGGCUACUUCCUGAUCCAGCGCGGCAACGAUGAGUGCGGCAUUGAGAGCAGCGGCGUUGCUGGCAAACCCGGAGAGGAGUAA